AUGAGUAGUUUUAAUCGCAAUUAAGAUCAGAGCGAUGAAAAUGAGCCCAAAAAGUCUAAAUCUAGACCGAGUUUGCUUGCAGAGAGCUCCUAUAUCAAUAAUAAAGGAUCGAUUUCUUCUCAGAAAGACUUGAUAGCAGAUUAAAUGCCAGGGGAAAAGAACACUCAGCAGCUUGGUAAAGUGAGACUUCCCGACAAAGAUGACAAGAAAAUGAAGCGAUAUUUGAUUAAAAUAUUUGAGAAGCUAAAAGAAGGUCAAAACAAUAUGAGCUGUAUGAUUGAGAACAAUGAAUCUCCUGAUUUGCUAAAUGAACACUCUAAUUCUGUCCAAGAACAGUUACUAAAAAAGGAGAAUCAAUCUUCGCUUACAGAUUUUAAUAGCUCUCUGAUAAUCAAGAAUGGACGAGGGAAGGAGAUAACUUCUGGACCUGGGGGAUUAUCAAACGGUAGAAAUGGAAUCAGUAACAUCAAAAUGCAAUUUCAUACUUAAAAUAAUUUCUAUCCUUCUACUAAAUCAUCCUAAGCAAUUUUUAAGUCACGGACUACAGGAAAUUAACCUUAUAAUGCUAGCAAGCAGCAAAAAGCCAAAAAAUAUGAAAAUACUGACAACUUAAUCCAAGAGGAAUCUGGAGAGGACAAUUAAAUCCAAUCAGAAGAUGAUGAAGAGGAUUUUCAACUUCCUGUAAAUCACUAAAAUGGAACUAAUAUUUAGCAACAUACAGAAAAAUUAAAAAUCAACCGAGUGAAAAAACUAAAGAAAAAUAGCAAUAAUAAUUUAACCCCUAACUAGGGUAAUAAUAUCUUAGCGAAAGGCGAAAACAUAAUAGAUAAAAAGCAAAAAUAAUAAUAACGAAUGCAGAAUUUGGAAGAUUCACCCAGCUAAUUACCAAAUUAAAUCUAUCAAAACAACCCUCAAAAUUUUUAAAUUCCAAUCCUAUCAAGAGGCACUAAUAAUCAUAACAUAUUUCACAACAAUAACUCGACAUCUGUGCCAAGACCUACUUUGGCAAGCGAAAUAAAGUUACUUAAAGAGAUAAAUGGACAAUCUCCUUAAGGAUUUAAUAAAAAGAUAUCAAACCAGUUUAUUCAAAACAACAACUUAGCUAACUUCAUGUGGAAUUCGAGUACUAACGAUAAUACAGAGCCAGUUACAGGAAAAAUCAAUCAGAGAGAGAUAUUAUCUAAGCAGGGUAAUCGACCAAUGAGAGAAUAUAAUCUUUUAGAAGGAAGUAACUAGCCCUAAGGAAGACCGAUGACAAGAAGUAACUAAAGAAGACCUGUAAGUAGAUAAGUUAAUCAGUUUGAUAACUCAGGCAUUGGGGCAUAAAAAAUGCUUGUGCAGUAGCAAAUGAGAAAUACUCAUUUUGGAGAUGGAGGAUUUGGAUUCGCUUAGAAACUAAAAGAACCUAACACAAAGCAAAAUGAAAACAUAUUAAGAGAAUCUUUGAAGAAUGGUACAGGCUUAUCAGCUCAAAUUAAUGGAAUUAUUUCAGGAGGAGGCAAUACAGUAGCAGUUUUGACAUAAAAUAAUGCACAAAUCCUAAACAGAUCAAUUACAUUUAAUAACAAGAAUCAAAAUUUGGGAUAAAGUCAUAGUAUUCCUAUUAAUAAUCAGAAUAAUCAUCACUAUGAGUAGAUAUCUACUUAAGAAAGUAGUGGUUCUCAUUUUUAUUAGCCUUCUACUUUCCUUAACAAGUCAAUUGAAAGCAGUUCAUCCAGAGGCAUUAUUAUCUCUGCAAAGUACUAGCAAAAUGCUAAUGCUGGAACCAUAAAUCAAAUAAUUAGAUAAAAUUCAGGAGAUCAGGUAAAAAAUGAAAUAGAAAUGAAUAAUAGUAUUAUUUAAGGGAAACAGAAAAUAAAUUUGACAAUGGGGGGAACUUAAUAUGAUAAUAACUGCUUUAAAUUAAUCACUAGAGAAGAUAAUGGAAAUUCAUAGCAUAUCUACAGUCACUAAUAGCAGUAGUUGCCACUAAAGCAUUUCCAAAAUAUAAAAAAUGGUAGCUUUAAGGAGUAAGCUGCUUCUCCUCAUCUCAGCUCAAUUUAAGAGAUUGCUAAUUAACAACCCUAAAACAUGAUAUUUACUGCAGCUUCAAAUACUUAAAGCAAGUUCUAUUAAUAGCAGAACAAUAACUAAAGACAACCAAUUUAGAGAGCUUCCCGAAACAUAACAGGACAUCUUUAAUAAUAAAAUUCAGACUCAACAAUAGAAGCUAAAAAGGAUAUUAGAAAGUAGUCAUAGAACACAACCUAAGAGAAGUUUUACCCCCAAAGGUAGCAAUACAAUUCGACCAAUACACAAAAUAACGUUGCUUGUAAUAGUAAUCCAUAGGUUUUCAAUUAAAAUUUAAAUGGAGGUACUAAUAUAUAGCAACUCAAAUAACACUCUCAAUAAAAGGGAUUUAACAUCAAGAAUGAAGUUAAAAUUUCAUUAGAGUUUGUUAAUCAAAAUGGGUAAACUUAGCAGGAUAAUGAAGGAGUUUAGAAUGUUAAAAGGAGGUAAUCAAAUAAGUCAAAAAAUCAUCGGAUGAAAGAUGGAGCAGAAAUGAUCAAAGAAGAGCAGCAUGAAGAAAUCAGUGAUGAUGAGUUGGAUCAAAAUAAAGGCAGCAUAUCAAAGCCAAUCAAGGUAAGGAUACAUGAAAAAAGCAUUGAUGAUUACUAAUCCCAAGAUUCAAUCUAAGUUUCAUCACAACCUAUAUUAAGCUAAACUGGCUAGAUCGAAAGACCCAAUAAUAGAUUAGGUUGCAGCAGAGCUUUUCACAAAGAUGUUUUCAAAGAAUCUGUAAAUGAAUAUAGCAGUUUACCCUAGAAUUAUCAUCCUAAUCAAUGUGGUGCCCACUCAAUGCCAAGAAGUAAUAAUCAUAACAAUCAGAGUUUUCAGGAAAAUGACCAAAAUGUCUCUAAAACUUCCAGCAGUGCUACAAGUCUCACAAUUAGUAAGCAAGGGAUAUCUGGAUCAAUGCAAAAUUAGCAAAAUACCUACUAAGGGUCAUCUAUCAGCCCAAAACCUAAUAAAUGGCAAUAGAGCACUAAAGACACUAACACUUCAAUCAACAUCUCGAUGACACAAGGGGGUAAAUUUUAAGAAAUGCAAAGGGACGUGAACAUAAUGUAUUUGGGGUAAGAUUUCACCAGCAGUAAUGCUCACAACAAUUAUAGAGCUAUCCAGUAAAAGAAGAAGGCUUCGGCUGGGAUAAAGCUUAACCCAAUACAUAGGAUUCCUGGCAACGAGAGUUAAUACACAUCAGCGAAUAACUAAAAUUUCCACAAUCAGUUUUGA